UGCACAUUCUAAUCUAGGUCCCUGUGCUUACCUGAAACCACUGGGCGGAAUUAAGAUGUGGGUGUACCUCUUGCUGUUGCUGUGUGUGGGGGUGUGUGAUAGUUACCCCAACGGGAAGGUUGAGGCCAGCUGUGGUGACAUGGUUCCUUCACAUGGUGUGAAUGCUCAGACCAGCACAGCACCAUACACUGUCACGGCAGAUAAAAGCAGCUACAUGUAUGGAGACACCAUCACAGUGACACUGAGUGCUAACUCAGGAACAGUGUUUGAGGGGUUUAUGUUGCAAGCUAGGCUGGUGGGAGGAAAUGCUCCUGUCGGAUCCUUCAGUCUGAUUGAAAGUUAUUCCCAACUCCUGAACUGCCCUGGACUGUCUAACUCUGCAGUUUCUCACUCGUCCAAUAGCAAAAUAACUCUACUCCAGAGCAAAUGGACUGCACCAACAUCUGGCAAUCUUAGCCACAUUGAGUUCAGAGUCACAUUUGUACAGUCUAAGGACACCUUUUGGGUGGCAGUGAAAAGCACACAGAUCACCUACACUGGAGAACUUACUUGUGGCGUCAGUAAAACUUGUCUAAGCCAGCCAGAUGGCUGCAACCCUGCCACCAGCUCAAGCUGCUACUUCUUGUCAGUUGCACCCACUGCAACUCAGUCAGAGUUUAAGGUGGACAUCAUCGGCAGUGCCAAUGGUUAUGUUGCUAUUGGAUUUUCGGAUGACAACAUAAUGGGAAGUGACGAUAUCUAUAUCUGUGGAAAGGACUCCCUUGGAACAAUCAACAUACAGCAUGCAUUUACAGCGGAAACCAGGAAAACACCAUCCAUCAUCACCCUGGGAAAUGUGACAACUCUCAGUGCAUCACUGAAUAACGGAGUGAUUAACUGCUCCUUCACCUCUCAAAAUGCCAUCAGUACCACAAGAAAAGCCACAACAUCCAGCAGCUAUUACCUGUUUUUUGCCUAUGGAGACAGCAGCAAUGGGGUGAUCCAGGAGCACACUAGUAAACCCCUGGUUAGCGCCAGUAAGGUGGACAUCUUUAAUCCACAGCCACUGGUGGAGCAAUCUGAGGAAUUUCCACCCAUUGUAAAAGCUCACGGAUGUUUGAUGCUGAUUGCGUGGAUGACCACUGGCAGUGUCGGCAUGCUCAUUGCCCGUUUCUGGAAGGGUUCAUCACGGAUACGUUGCUGUGGAAAAGACUUCUGGUUUGUGGCUCACGUGUUUUUGAUGACGCUCACAGUUAUUGCUACCGCUAUUGCAUUUAUCUUGGUGUUUUCAUACAGUAAAGACUGGAGUGGGGGAGCUCAUCCAGUUCUGGGAUGUUUGGUGAUGAUUCUCAGCCUCAUGCAGCCAAUUGCCGCUGCCUUCCGCUGUUCACCACAGGAUGACAGGAGGUUCAUUUUUAACUGGGCUCAUUCCAUCAAUGCUUUAGCUAUUAAAGGACUUGCAGUGGCGGCAAUUUUUACAGGCCUGAUACUGUUUGACAGAUCAGAAUCUCAGUGGCUACCAAAAGUGAUGGGGGGAUUUGUGGCAUGGGAGGCGCUGCUCUUUCUCUGCCAAGAUGUAUUCCAUAAAUACAAAGAAAAAGAUGGAGAUGACUCUGGUGGGAUGUCUACAGGAGUGAUUUUGUUAAUAAUAUUUUUGUUGGGAAACCUGGCGUUCCUGGUGGCUCUGCUUGUUGGAAUCGGUAAUGGUUAAACUCAUCACUAAGUGAAGCUGGACUGCUUUUAUUAUGAUAAAGACAGGAAUUGUACUCUCAUGGUGUUUAAUUAAAUCUAUAAACACUUAAUGUAAACUACACAU